CAACUCAACCAUUGAACGCACCGGUUAUAAACACCUAUUCGCGCCGACCGCACAGCCAACUGUCAAAAGGUUCACGUAUUUUCCAGACGUCGAUUGUCAGCUUGUUCUGGACGGUUCCCACCUCUCCGUACGCUGUGCUAAAAUCUCUCGUGCGCCGCCAUUUUAGCGAAAUUUGUUCCUCGUUUCGCAGCCAGGUCGAUAGUGAAAAUCGCUCGCCAGUGACGAAGGAGAAAAGCCCGAUUAACCCGCAGCGCACCACAGCACAGAAAGGCCACGUAACAGUGCGUAAUCAAUAAUGGUGAAGGAAACGGGAUUUUACGACGUGCUCGGGGUGAAGCCUGGCUGCUCCCCGGAGGACCUGAAAAAGGCGUACAGAAAGCUCGCGAUGAAGUACCAUCCGGACAAAAACCCGAACGAGGGCGAGCGCUUCAAGCAAAUUUCGAUGGCGUACGAGGUGCUCUCGGAUCCGGAAAAGAAAGCGAUCUAUGACGAGGGUGGCGAGGCUGCCAUCAAGCAGGGUGGUGCGGGUGGUGGCGGUUUCCACAGCCCGAUGGACAUCUUCGACGUGCUGAUUAACGGUGGCAUGGGCAGCAGAAGGGAGCAGCGCGGCCAGGACCUGGUGCACCGACUGUUCGUGACGCUCGAGGAGCUGUACAGUGGCGCGACCCGGAAGCUGUCCCUGCAAAAGAGCGUUAUCUGUGAUGGGUGCGAUGGCAUCGGCGGCAAGAAGGGUACGGUGCACAAGUGUGCUCCCUGCAACGGUACGGGCAUCGUGACGAAGGUGCACCACAUCAUGCCCGGGUUCAUGCAGCAUAACAAAGUGCCGUGCCGCGCCUGCCAGGGACAGGGCGAGGUGUUUGACGAGAAACACAAAUGCAAAAAGUGCGACGGCCAGAAGAAGGUGCGCGACAAGAAGAUACUGGACGUACACAUCGAGAAGGGUAUGCAGAACGGGCAGAAGAUUACAUUCAACGGCGAGGGUGACCAGGAACCGGGCCUGCAGCCGGGCGACAUUGUGAUAACGCUGGCCGAGAAGACCCAUCCGGUUUUCAGGCGCUCGGGCAAGGAUUUGCUGAUGGAGAUGCGGUUGGAGCUGUCGGAGGCGUUGUGCGGCUUCCAGAAGGUGAUUACCACGCUGGACAACCGGAGUCUGGUCAUCACCUCGCAGCCCGGCGAGGUCAUCAAGCAUUCGGCCUUCAAAUGCAUCAUGGACGAGGGCAUGCCGCAGUGGAAGAAUCCGUUCGAGAAGGGGCGGCUCAUCAUCCAGUUCCGCGUCGUGUUUCCGGACUCGCUGCCGGGCGAUGCAGCCAAGCUGCUGGAACAAUGUCUGCCCCCGAAACCCGCCGAGGAAAUCCCGCAGGACGUGGAGAUGGUGGAGCUGGUCGAGCUGGAUCCGGAGCAUACGAACCGCAACCAAUACAAGAACGCGUACGAAGAGGACGAGGAAGACGGUGGCACUCCGGGCGUAAGGAUUCAGCAGUGUUCCACGAGCUAAAUGCCUCCCAGCCCCAGCUCGACCUCCUCUUGCAACAUCGUGGUGCGGCUCUAGGUGUGUGUGUGUGUGUGCGUGUGUGUUGUUACCGUGUGAGGGAGAGGUGUUGCAUCAUGUACAGCGCGCUUUCUGUAUUCCGACUGCGACCAUAGGGCUGCGCGUCGUGUGUUUCUUGCAUUGCAGCACACACAACCAACAACCAGCGUAUCCUUGAAUGCAUCUCAGAAAGUGUGGGUGUGUGCGUGCGUGCGUGCGUGCGGACAGAAAGGACGGACGGAGCAAGCUCGUCACUUUAAUAGACAGCAUAAGGUGAACAAAUUGAUAGUUACUGUCACAACAACACAUGCGACAGCACACGAACAGCAGAACGAGGGGAAACACAAAAACACAUCCAACCUAACAGAAGCUUACGCAAAAGCAAAGAGGUAUUCCUUUUAGUGGAAUUCAUUACAAUAAAUUAUUAGCACAUCUAUCCGGAUUAAAGGUAAAAAAGAAACACUCACACACAUAACGCAACCAAACUCAACCCAACUUUGCGCUUCUUACUGCGAACGAAAUGAGAACCAAACCCAAUGCCAGCGGGAGAACAGAUUGAUUGAACGAAAACGGGAAGAAGUUUGGCGGUGAUGUUUUAGAAAAGAAGGCGUGGAAGGUCAAGAUGAAGGAAUUGCUUCGCUUUAAGGGAAAUCGCAUGGAGGAUGUGUGCAGUAGGCGACCAAAACAAAUUCUCCUAGAUAUGCACCGACGGGAACGCCGCACACAGUAGACGGCGACACAACACCUCCUCCUUCUCCUCCUCUUAUAUUCGCUUCACUGCUCCUCCACUACUGCAGACUGCACCUUUCAGUACGACACCCAUUCCUCAACUCACUCAGUAGGCUAUGAAGACAACCGAGAAAGACAUGUCCCAAACCUAAUCGAUUGGUAAAGUAACGUGUGGUGGGAAGCUGCGAUGCGAACAGAAGAAAAGUGCUACCGUAACUAUAGUCCGGAAAUUAUUUAUACUCUCCAUCUAAUGACGGCCGACCUUGACCUUCCUUCAUCUUCGACUUCUCCCGCCGGGCUGUCAUCCGGCCAUGCGUUCCGUCUCAAGGUGGUUUAUAAUCCCAAAGCCUCACACGAGGGGGUUCUAACAUUAUGGUUUAAAAUAGUUGCUUUUCCUUCCUGCUCCACCGCCACCUCCUUCCUCCCUGCUGCAGCAGCUGGUGUAAUGAUGAUGAUGAUGGUGAGCGUAUGUAAAAUAGGUACAUAUUCGAAUAUUUCCCUGUACGUGUUUCAUAUGAACGAAACGAAAUAAAAUUUCAUGUAGCAAAAAACAA